GGCGUGUCAACGGCGACGAUGGAGGUACGCGCAAGCGUCAUGAAGGAUGCCCACGAGGUUGCGACCGUGCAGGCAGCGGCUGGCACUGCUCCAGAAGCAGGCACCGUGGCUGGCGGUAUCGCCGACCUCAAAAAUGGUGUCAGCACUACCUACACCGACGACGAUUUGCAUUUUGCUGCAUCCGCUGGUCAGUUGCAAGUCGUCGCUCGGUUGCUUGCACAGGGCGCCGCCAUCGACGCCACAAGCUACAACGAGUGGACACCAUUGCACUACGCUGUUUACGAUGGUCAAUUGGACGUAGUCCGCUUCUUGCUUGAGAAGGGCGCGACCGUCGACGCGCUGGACCAAUAUGGUCGAACGCCAUGUUUCUUUGCUGCUGCCGGAGGCCACGUGGAGAUCACCCGCCUCUUGCUCGCCAAGGGCGCGGCCAUCGACGUCUACGACAACUUUGGCAAAUCGCCCCUUCUGAUCGCAGAAAAGAAAGGACAUGUUAGCGUCGUCCAGCUCUUGCGAGACUCGCUUUCCAAGCCUAUGCAAGAAGCCAUCAACCCCAGCGCCCGCGAUAACCACGCUAUGGCCGUGUUGCAGAGGGCUCUCGAGGCACACGACUUGCCGCUGCUCCGAUCGACUCUGAACAACCUUGAGAUUGCCAGCCAGGAUGGAACAACGCGAGCACUUAUGCAACACUCUGACGCGGUCAAGACCGUCUUCCUUCAAGCGGCCGCGACCAACGACACGAGUGUUGUGGAGCGUCUUCUCUCUCUUGGCGCCAGCCCAACGCUAGCAAACGAGCAUGGAGAGACUGCGCUGCACCUCGCGGCUGGCAGCGGCCACGUCGCCAUCGUCACGUCUCUGCUCAAGGUGGCAAAGGACGAGACGUAUGUCAACGCGAUCAACCACAUAGGUCACACACCCUUGCACGUUGCGGCCGCCAAGGGGCAUGCGAGCGUUGUCGAGUCUCUUUUGGGCGCCAACGCCAACGUCUUUGCGAUGACUACGUCGGGCGAGACGCCAUUGAUGCUAGCAACGAACGAUCGCGUCCGCGCCAUUCUCAAUCGUGUUGAAGCCAAAGCCAACGCGCAGCGUGGUGCCGAGCUCGUUGACGCCGUGUGCAAGCGAGACUACCGCCAGACAGUAGUGCUUUUGGCAAGCGGCGUGAGCCCCAACGCCAUGAACGAGGCGACUCGCUCCUGCAUCUCGCUGUGCAACGCGACGACCACAAGGCUCUGGACGCUCUUUUGCGUGCGCCAGAUAUCAAGAUGGACGUCUGCAACUCGGCGGGUGUGACACCGGUGAUUCUCGCCAUCCAAAGAGGCCAUCGACGUAUGGCGACGAUGCUUCAGGCGGCUGCGCACAGUGCGAUUCCUGAAGUGUCAGAGACGGAGAUUGAGAUGGACAUUUCUAGUCCAUUGGGCGCCGGUGGCUACGGGGCCGUGUACAAGGGC